AUGGAUUUUAUGGGAUACAAAUUGACAAACUCAAUGUUUAAGAAAGAAUUGGGAACCGAGUUGAAGACAAAUGGUUAUCGGAAGCAGAUGACUUCAUUAUUACAUCUUGAAGACAGUGAUGAAACAUUAAAACAGUAAGGGCCUCUGUUAUCAGUGCUGAUAACAAUGUUUAAAAAUAAUUAUGAAGACAAUAAGAAACCUUUAGAGAUUUACCCCAUUUGAACCAAAUAUUGUUUUGUUAUAUAUUAUACAUCUCUGUAAAUUGUUAUGCUUAGUCAUACAAUACAAUUUAAUGUUAAUAAUAAUAUUGUACUACUGUUGGGCUGUAAGUUUGUAACAAAUAUAACUAUUAUAAUAUAAAAAAAAAAAAAAAAUGUUUUUUUUGAAUAGGUAAUAAACAAUUUCAAACUGGGUCGCCAUAGUGAUUUAAGUGUGAUCAAUAGUAGGGCCCCUCAGCCCCUUGUAUAGGACCACAUAAUACCUCCGGUGAACUGGUACAGACUGAAUGUAUUGUAUAAUCUAUUGAUAAUUGUAUAUACUACUCAUUGUUACAAUGUCGGGUGAAAUAUCGCAGAAUUUUGACGCGAAAACCGAAAACUACCAUAGUAACGAGGUAGUGACGGUCAAAUUUCGUACGGAUGCGAAUGAAACACUGACGCAAGCGUUCGACCUGAAUACCGACAUCGGUGCGCUUAGGUCACACCUGCACCGGACGCUGAACACGGACCCGAACCUAAUCGUCAUCGAACGCGAUGAAGCGGGGGGCGAAGUGUCGCGUCUGCCUCGUGAUGGGCAGACGCUCAAGGAGCUCGGAGCAACGUCACUGGGAAUUUUCGAAUUACGCUUGCGGGGCGACGGCAUACAGCUUCCCAAGCCACCCGUCUACUACUUGCCAGCAGUGGACGUCAUCACAGUGGACGUUAACCACAGGCGACUCGUGGUGGAAAUCGAACGGUGCGGAGCUGUGGAUGGCCAUAAGCGGUGGCUGGGGGGGUACCGGGACAAGCGCACCGGCAAGAUGUACUUUCAUGCGGCCGCUCAGACCGAUCCUAAGGCAGUAGCGAUAGACGCGCCCGCUGUCCACCGGAUGGACGGCCGGACGCAGACUUGCAUCGACAGGGCGGUGGGCCGGGCAUCGAGCCGACCGGUGUGGACGCAGACCGAUGACUACUGCGGCAGUUUCGGGUACACAGAUGGCAGGUGGAUAAGACCGAAGCGUUACCAUAGUUACCAGUCGUGGUUACGGGAAGAUCACGUCCUGAGCAGUGUGCUCAAAAUACAGCGGGCGUUCAGGAGGACUUUGGCGGCACGCGAGAGAAGACGUGUAGCGGCCGAAGCCGAAGCGAAAACUGAUGACGAGCAACGGCGGCUGCUGAGGCAACGGAAAUCCCGCAGCAUGACAUCGGGACUGGACGGCGGUGCGGCAGCGGCGGCCACAUCGGCUCUUGAAUCCAAGCAGCAGCACUUCUAUUCGCUGUACACGAUGAUCGGAAAGUGGUGGAAGAAGGAGCGACAGCGGAUCAAGGAGAUCGAGGUGGAGAACUCAAGGAAGGCAGCGCAGAUGAACCUGCUCAAGAAGGAGAUCAAGUUCCUGUUGGAGGUGGAGAAGCAGAGAUCAGAGCUCAAGUACGAGCUGACCAAACACGACGACGUGACGUUCCUGAACAAGACGUCUAAGCCCAAGAUGUUCAAGAACAAAGCGGGAAAGCUCCUGACCGUGGACACGGUCGGCAACCAGAAGGCCCGGGCGCUAAAAGAGAUCUAUUCAAAAAUCGUGAUUCCGUCCGACGGCGUAGACCGGGCCGAAGCGCUCGACGAGCUGCAUGCCGCGGUGUCCGGGUCGAGUUAUAAGUACAAGGAGCACUUGCUGGCGGCUGUGGCCAUGGAAAAGGGCCUGGCCAGUAUGGGUGCGGAUGCGGACAGCCUGCGGUCAGCGCGAUCCCGGGUGGAGCAGAUGUUCCGGCACUACAUCCGGCAGCCGGACGUGAACCCAGAAGCGGACUCAUACUAUCGGCCUACCGAGAAGCGUGUGCUCAACGUGUACACGUGCAUCCGGUGCAAGCGCAACCUGGCAGCCACAGACUUCUCGCUAGAGAGCCGCGUGAACCGGACCAAUGUGUGCGCAAGUUGCGAGUGGACCGAGCAGGUGGGGCACAAGCGCAUUGACAUGGCCCCGUACCGGCGCAUGUUGAAGACGCUCCGGCACGACGAGAUGCAGAAGGCCGCAUACGGGUCCGAGUGUUUCUUGAUGCAGCCCACCGAGGUGUACCGGCUGGUGUCCGUCGUGUGGCGCGAGAAGUCAGCCGUCGGCGAGUCAGGUCAGCUAAAUGGGCUCCGGCUGGUCCGGUGGCGUCGUGACGAGCCCUGGUCGCCGUGGAACUGCGUGCUGCUGACCCGGGCCGAGGCGGAGGCCCACUGCCGACUGGACGGUGACCCGGCCGACUGCUACGACGAGCAGUUCGUCCGGUCCGUCACCAACAGACACAUGAUGGCCCGAUUGCAGUUCGGAAAUCUGGUGCAGGCAGUCGACCAUCGGACUGCCGAUAAGGCGAAACCGCUGUCAAAACAUUGGAAAACGGUCGCCGAUCGUUUCAACAUCAAGACGCAUAAAUAGACUAGCGCUCGCUCUGAUCAUCUGGAUGAGUCUGUAGGUACUGAGGUUGGACCAUAACAUUUUUCAAGUAAAAUCGUAGCUUAUGGAAUUUUAACUUGACAAACUCAUGAUAAGGGGCCAAACGUUUUAUCUAAUCAACACCAAUUUAAUAUACGAAUAGGUACUAGGUAGGUAGCACAUAAGCCCAUAAAACAGGCUAUUAUAGAAAUUUAAUUUCCAUAAAAAUAUUUUUAUUUGAUUGG